UCUUUGUAAACUUGCAUUGGUGCGUGCGUGUAACUAUCGAUCAAAGCAAUGAUGUUCAUGAGCAUGUUGGACCAGGUGGAAGGAACUACUGAUUGUUUGUCAAGCUGCGUGGUGGGUUUAGUUAUAGGAAUACCGAGUCGGAAGGAAGGUGGCGGGCCGGAUAUUUGGAAACUUUCCGUGUCGAUAAUGGUGCUGAGGUUGAGAGAACAUGCACUUUCGACUGCCGAAAUGUUGUCGUAAUCGGAGCUCUUAAUUGUAUGAUGCGACGAAUUGGAUUGAGACUAUACUCAAGCUAAUGACGACAACGCAGAGAGACAAACUACUUGUCGCAAUAAAAAUUACGUUUCACCAAGAAUUACAACUCGAAGAAUACAGCAAACUGGUAUCAUUGAUGGACCAAUUACCUGAAGAAGUCGAUUAUCUAGCGAAGAGCAAUAGCCUAGGACUGGUUAUGACAUGCGAUGUUGGAUUGGCCAGGCGGUUUGCCUUGCGAGAAUUUCUCUGUAGGCGACACCAAUCACAUCGGAGCGCCGUGACGGGACGCAUGCACGGUGAAUGAGGGGAUUUACAAGCUACAUAUAGGCGAUUUCUAAAAUUACCCAAUGGUAAUGUAUAUUUGUAGUUGGCGGAGACGGGUGAAGAAAUCGACUUUUGAAAAGGUUUUGGUAAAAAUUGAUAUCUUAGUGGUCAUUAUACUCCCACGUCGUUUCGACAAAUUGCAAAAUUAUGAUUAGUCUUACAUGUACACGUUAACUACUGUGGCUUGGCUGACCAAGUGAUGAACGAUUCAAUCGGUGCUGUCUGAGACGAGUUGAGAUGGUGCCAUGUAUGAAAAAGGCCCCAUUAGAAAUGGAUGGACACAUUGCGAUACAGGAAUUCAAUUAAGAAAUUGCUUAGAGAUGGUGUUGUGGCGCCAGGCGUCACAUUCGGUAUAGGAAUACAUGUACUUAAUGAGGCAGACAGCAAACUUGGUCAUCAUCUUUGACGUAUUGACGAACUAAUCCCUGUUUUUGUCGUCAACAGAAAUUUAUGUUUAUUCAACGGUUAUUGGAAAUAUGACAUCAGAUAGUCAACAUGUGGCCAUGGUGUUAUUUAACGAUGGACCUAUAACAUUAAGCUUUACUGGAUUCUUCUUGGAUUAGCUGGGAUAUAUGCUGUGAUACGAAUUUCCGGAAAAAAUAUGAUUUCGCCACACAGAAUUGGAUUUAUUGCUCUUUGUACGUUCGGAUUCGUGACGAUGGCUGAGAAUUUGCAAGGCAUCGCACCCGAUUCUGAACCGCACUAUUGCCCAGUAAAAUUUUAUUCGUGCGGGAAGGCGAAGAAGUGUCUGCCACGGUCUACAAUAUGUGACGGGAAUGUUGAUUGUGAUGGAGGACUUGAUGAACUUAACUGUCGGGAUAAAUUUGAUGAUGAAUAUUGGAAUCAGCGUUAUCCAAAACGUCCAGAUGCUGACCGGGAAACGGAGAAAGAUGCAUGUGUCCUUCAAGAUCCCCCACGCGUCUGUGACUGCAAGCACACGCGUCUUUACUGCAAUAAUCGUGGUCUUGAGCACAUCCCAGAUAACAUCCCCUCAAAUACGACAGUGUUGGAUUUAUCAUCGAACAAUAUUCAAGUCUUACGACAGGAUCAGAUGCGGCUUCUGGUCAACUUAGAAGAACUCAUCAUGAUUCAAAGCGGGUUAGAAACGAUCGAAGAAAGAGCGUUUUCCUACAACAAAAAACUGAAACGACUAUACCUCCAAGCCAAUGAGUUAUCCUCCAUCGCCAAUUGUACAUUCUGUGGAUGCGAAUCUGUCACUGACAUAGAUUUAUCCGCGAACAGAUUUGAAAGAGUUGACAGCCUCUAUUUUGAAGGAUUGGAAAAGUUACGAAAAUUGAACUUACAAAGGAACGACAUAGAUCGUGUUAAUCUGGCCUCUGACUUGCAUCUCAGGUCUCUGGAAGUCAUUGACCUCGGCUACAACAAAUUAACCAGAUUGACAGUGCAGAUGCUAUCCCCACUUCGAAGUGUUAAUGAGAUAUUGGUAAACGACAACCUGAUCAAUUAUAUCCAGAGAGGGGCGUUUAGAUAUCAGACCAAUCUCAAAAGACUGGGGCUUGGCAGCAACAGACUGACAGUAAUUUCCAAGUCGAUGUUCGAAAGCUUGACUGAGUUGCGACACCUUGUCUUAUAUCGAAACCGCAUCAGCAUUGUAAACGAGCGUGCCUUCGACGCCAUGCCGAAACUCUAUUCCCUGAAUCUAAAGGGAAAUCAACUUGAAGCGAUGCCGUUCGGUAUAUUUGACAGGUUACAUAAUCUGACGCAUGUCUAUUUCGACCGGUUCCAGCUGUGUUUCUACGCCAUGAGGGUACCAAUCUGCGAGCCGAAAGGAGAUGGGAUAUCGAGCCACCACAACCUGCUGGAAAGCGCAAUGCUGCGGGUAUUUGUUUGGGUGGUCGCCAUACUUUCCUGCCUGGUCAACGGGAUCGUCCUUCUCGGUCGAUUCCUUAUCAACGAAUCGAACAAGAUACAUUCAUUUUUCAUAAAGAAUCUCUCUUUGGCGGAUUUAGUUAUGGGAAUUUAUCUGUUCGUGAUUGCAAGUCGUGACAUCAUGUACCGCGGGGACUACCUUAGUCAUGAGUACGACUGGCGGUCGAGUUGGGAAUGCGACGCAUGUGGGUUCCUCAGCUCCCUCAGCAGUGAAGUCUCCGUACUGAUACUGACUGUCAUAACAUUAGACCGUUACAUGUGCGUCAUGUACCCAUUAAACAUAAAAAGACGGAGUCUGCGCUCAGCAUACGCCAUCAUGGCUCUAAUCUGGGGAUUCUGUUUCAUAUUGGCUCUCCUUCCUAUCGUCAGCAUUCCAUACUUUGGAGAUCACUACUACUCCAACAACGGAGUCUGUUUACCAUUACACAUCCACGAUCCAUUCGGACAAGGAUGGGCGUACUCCACCUUUGUCUAUGUAGGGAUCAACUUUACAGCAUUCGCCUUUGUGAGCUAUUCGUAUUGUGCCAUGUUCUAUGUGAUACGGACCUCUCGGCUGUCUUUGCGGUCGUCCCAGGUGAACCAAGAGACAUCUUUAGCAAGACGGUUUGCCUUUAUCGUCUUCUCAGACUUUUCCUGCUGGGUUCCUAUCAUUGUGAUAAAAAUCAUUGCUUUAGGAGGAGUCAAAAUCAGUGGUGACCUAUACGCCUGGGUAGCCGUCUUUGUCUUACCAGUGAAUAGUGCCUUAAACCCCAUCCUGUAUACAUUAACUACCAGACUCUUCAAGCAACAGUUUGUUCAAAGGAUGUACCGUGUGUGUUGGCGGGCAGGAAGGCCAGAGAUGACUGACUCCAGCAGUUCAUCCGACCCAAUGACGCGGCCAAGGUAUCUUGCUAACUCAACGCAGGACGCCAACGUGCCAAAAAAACCUGUCUCAAAGACCGCUGAUAAUUCCAUCCCCAUGUCGUACAACGCGGCCUACAGGCCCAUCAGUAACAAUACGAUUACCACUAACAACGGGGAGAUUUCGCUACACCAACGAGAAAGCAGUCCAAUGAUAACAACGCAAUCUGGAGAGAUAAAUGGUGAGGUUGUGAAUUUGGCUCAUGAAGAGGACGGUGAGGACACAUGCGGUGCGGAUGAUACGUGUUUAUAGUUAGGGGUGGUACUCACGCUUGGUGUUGACGUUGUUUUGAGCAUUUCAUUCUGACAACAAGUUUGGUUUAGAAAUUGCUUUCCCGUGAAGAGUGGGCAUUGUCGUCGAGAGUGGAAGGAGUGUGUCCUCAGAAGGAAAUAUGUUCCAACAUCAGAAGGUUCAAUACGCCUAUCUCAAGCAAGACGAAUACAUCACAACUUUCAAAUAGAUUUGGAAAUUUGAUCAAACGUGUGAUUAUAGUUAGAGUAUAGUGGAAAGGGCUAUUACUCAUUCAUGGCACAGAUCUAUAUAUCGCUGGGCUAAGAUCCGUGUAGAUACAUGUAGUGUCAGUUGUAGUAUGAAUUUAAAAAUGUGAUUUGAUUGUGACACCCUGUAGAAUAUCUUUAUUCCGCAUAUUCAUUAACUAACUAUGAUUGUGUUUGUUGUGCUGAUAUUAUUACAUUAUC